AUGGCAGUGGCAGCCAGGAAGGGCAGGACUACAGCCUCCCCACAUACCAGCAUCACCACCACGGCUUGGCCAGGCUCCCUGGACAGCUGGCUUAGCUGGAUUCCAUUACCCAAAUGGGCUCUCAUCACCGUGGCUCUGGCAGGGGCCAUUCUCCUCCUUCUCUUCCUCAUCUGCAUCAUCAAGUGCUGCUGUACCAAGAAGAAGCCCAAGAAGAAGGAGAGAAUCAGCUUGUGCACCGUCAGCAACCCCACCACGAUCAACCUUGUCCAGCCCGAGAUGGAGGACCUGGAGUGGGCAGUAGAGCAGAAGCGGCGAGGAAAGCUGCAGUACUCCCUGGAGUACAACUUCCGCAUGCAGGAGCUGAAGGUUGGUGUGAAGCAGGCAGUUGAGCUGAAGGCCAUGGACAGUGGAGGCACAUCUGACCUGUAUGUGAUUGUCUACCUAACGUCUGACAGGAAGAAGAGAUAUGAGACCAAGGUUUACCGCAAAACCCUGAACCCCAUCUUCAACGAGAGCUUCACUUUCCAGGUACCCCAGGCUGAGGUGUCUGAAUCCACACUGGUGAUGCAAAUCUAUGACUUCAAAUGCUUUUCCAAGCAUGACAUCAUUGGUGAGGUCCAGCUGCCCCUGGCCAGUGUUGAUCUGCAGCAUGUCAUCGAGCAGUGGAGUGACCUGGCGGUGGCCAGUAAAGUGGAGGAAGAGCAUCUGGGUGAGAUCUGCUUCUCGCUGCACUACGUCUCCAGCACUGGCAAGCUGACGGUGCUCAUCCUGGAAGCCAGGCAGCUGAAGCGGAUGAACUCCGAUGGACUCUCAGAUCCUUUUGUCAAGGUGCAUCUCAUACUGAACAGGAAGAAAUGGAAGAAUAAAAGGACACGUGUGAAGAAAAACACUUUAAGUCCUUACUUCAAUGAGGUGUUUGUUUUUGAGGUGCCUUUCAGUCAGAUCCAGAAUGUGGACGUGGUCAUCUCCGUCUGGGAUCAUGACAAAGUGACCAAGAAUGAGCCAAUUGGCAAACUCUUCCUGGGCUGCCGAGCCACGGGCAACCAGCUGCGGCACUGGUCCGACAUGCUGUCCAACCCACGGCGGCCCCUCGCCCAGUGGCACAUCCUGCAGCCCCCAGAGGUGGUGGACAAAGCCCUGGGGCUGAAGUCCCAUCUCAAGCUGCCCCUGCACUCCAGAUAG